GCAAACGUUCGAGUCUUGGAUCGCCGCGGCGCGCGGCGACUUCUCGCGCGCUCAUCUGGCUGUCGCUACAAUAGGAAAAUACAGCUCUGAUCGCCGACGCGCACUCUGCAUAUUUUGGAGGUCUCGCUUCCAUGGACCCUUACAUAAAUUGGAGGCAUCCUGGCGCGACCUGUUCCCAUCCUUUUCCCCAACCACCACCACCCGUCCUUGCCUCUUCGUCCCGCAGGUCUCCUGCAUACUACUUCUACGCUAACAUACUUCUCAUACUCUGAUUUCAUGGGGUGUUCCCCUCCUACGCCCAGCCCUUCGUUUGCUCCUGGACAUCCCCUUCCGCAAGACACGGGUUGUCUACCCGCAUAUCGUGAGAGCUACAUGCGACGAUUCCAUCCAUACCCUAGAUAUCCCCAGCCCUCGUGGCAGCAGUACGAACAUUUGAUGCAAACCGUGGACCUUCGUCACGAGCACGAACCUUCAACGGAUGUUUGGGACGUGUCUUCAUUGUUCGUCAUCGACGAGGUGGAAGAGGAAGACUUGGCCAACUUGGAGCGAGCACUCUCGAACCAACCCUCUCCAAGCAAGCGUCGCCGUCGCCUUUCGGUGCUGGUCAUUGAGCUUGCCCUGGCCAUCAAGCAUAUUGUGACCUUGCGCAAGACAGGCUCGCAAAAAUGAGAAGACGAUAUGGCGAUUGUUUGGCGCACCUCCGCGACGUGUGCACUGAUAAAAAAGAAAUAUAGGUUUCCUCGUGUAUCAUAUGGUUCUCUUUGCUCUCGCUCGCUCGCUGAUUCGCAGUCUUGCUCUGGACGGGGCCUCCGCCUUCGCUCAUCCCUACCGUAGUGACCUCCCUAAUAACUCUGCUUGCUUGUGUAUCAUACGUCGUUUUGAAUAUGGAAGGACAGAUCAUUGCUUGCG